AUGACUGCUCUUCCUCUGCCAAACGCUGACAAGAUCACAAAUCUAGAAGAGAUCUAUCCUCUCUUGCCUUUGGACUUUUCAAAAACCAAAACUUCAACACCUGUCCCAGGCUCACAAACUGAUCAAUAUUCUCCUGUUUUCAAAAACUCUUAUGUUAAAGAUGGUGAACUAGUUGGUUAUUUGCAUCCAAAAUACAAAACUUUCUAUCAUUUAUUCCAAGAAAAUUUGAAAAUACAUUCCCAAAAUAAAUCCAUUGGUUAUAGAGUGAAAGAUUCCAAAACUGGACAAUUUUCUUCUGAAUUUCAUUUUGAAACUUAUCAACAAUUAGCUGAGAAAAGAGAUUAUGCUGGUUCUGGGUUCUUACAUCUUGUUUCUGAAUAUGCUCCAAAUGCUGAUAUUAAUAAUUUCAUUUUAACUUUAUUUUCUGCUAAUAAACCAGAAUGGAUCGUUAGUGACUUGGGGACUCAUGCUUAUUCUAUUCCAAAUACUCCAUUAUAUGACACUCUAGGAACUACAGCUAUUAAAUAUAUUUUAAACUUAACAGAAACUCCAAUCAUUGUUCUUUCCAAAAAUAAACUUGAAAAAAUAUUAAAUGUUGAUUCAAAAUUUUUGAAAAUUUUAAUCACAAUUGAAGAGUUAGAUCCAACUGAAGAUGCCAUAUUGAUUAAAGAUGCUGAAUCUAAAGGUUACAAGAUUUUAGAUUUCAAAAAAUUGUUAGCAAUUGGUAAAGAAAAUUUAAAGCCUCAUAGAGUUCCAACCCCUGAUACUUUAUAUACCAUUUCAUUCACAUCAGGAACCACUGGUAUUCCAAAAGGUGUUGAAUUGAAACAUUCACAUGUUAUGGCAUCUGGUUCAUUUUUGUUCAUCCAUGUUACAUUCCCUAAAAAUCCAGUCUCAUUAGUGUUAUUACCUUUAGCUCAUGUUUAUGAACGUUCUAAAAUCAUUUAUGAAUUAGGAAAAGGUGCUGCAAUUGCAUUCCCAUCAAAUCCUGAAAACCCGAAAACAUUUUUAGAUGAUAUUAAGAUUUUAAAACCAAGUCAUAUUAGUGCUGUUCCAAGAUUAUAUAGUAGAAUUGAAAGUGGUAUCAAAGAGAAGAUCAAAUCAACUCCAGGUUUCAAAGGUGCAAUUCUUAGAUUUGCAGUUAAUUAUAAAUUGAAUCAUAAUGAUGAUGAAUUCUUGGUUAAAAUUUUAGAUUCUCUUAUUAUAAAUAAGAUCAAACAGCAAGUUGGAUUUGGUAAUCUUGAUUUUUUAAUUAGUGGAGGUUCACCAUUAGCUGGAGAAUCAAUUUAUUAUUUACGUAAAGUUUUAAAUUCAGGUUUUUAUCAAGGUUAUGGAUCUUCUGAAACUUUUGGUGGUAUUGCAAUAACUACUAAGUUUAAUAAAGAUACUUCAAGAUGUGGUUCAAUUGGUGUUACAUCUGAAUUCAAGUUACGUAACUUGCCAGAAAUGAAUUAUACAUUUGAUUCAAACAGAAGUGGUGAAUUAAUUCUUAGAGGUACACAAGUUUUCAAUACUUAUUAUAAGAACCCAGAAGCUACUUCAGAUUCAGUUGAUUCUGAAGGUUGGUUUAGUACAGGUGAUAUUGCACAAGUUGAUGAAUUUGGUUCAAUUGCAAUUAUUGAUCGAGUUAAAAAUUUCUUCAAAUUAGCUCAAGGUGAAUAUAUUGCAAGUGAAAAAAUUGAAAAUUUUUAUUCAGGUAAUAAUUCAUUUAUUAAUCAAAUAUUUGUUUAUGGUGAUAGUUUCCAAAGUUAUUUGAUUGGUAUUAUUGGUAUUGAAGAACCAAUGUUGUUGAAAUUGAUUAAAAACUCAUCAAGUCUAGGUUCCAAAAUCUCUACACAUGAACAACUUUUGGCAAAAUUAAAUGAUUUAGAAGUUCGUAAAUUUGUUUUGAAAGAACUAAAUAACAAUAUUGAACAUACAGGAUUAUACAGUUUUGAAAAAUUGAAAAAUAUUCAUCUUGCGAUUGAGCCAUUCAAUACAGAAGAUGAUACAAUUACUCCAACAUUAAAAUUGAAAAGACCAAAUGCUAAAAAGAAAUUCCAAACUACAAUUGAUGAAUUAUAUAAAGAAGGACCAAUUGUUUAA